AUGCAACUUGUAUGCCUUCUGACUGUUGGUACGUGUUUUAAAAACUUAGAGUUGCAUGAACUUCUUGCAAGUGUUGAAUAUUUUCUAUUUGCAGUGUUGGUAGCCUUAUAUGAAGAGCCAGAGAAACCAAAUAGUGCACUGGACUUUCUGAAGCAUCAUCUGGGAGCUUCAGCUCCUGAGAAUCCAGAAAUAGAGGCACUUCGCUUGGAAGUGGCAGAGAUGAAAGAAAAAUAUGAAGCUGUGUUGGAAGAAAAUAAAAAACUGAAAACCAAGCUGGCUCAGUAUGAACCACCUCAAGAUGAGAAGCAUGGUGAAUAACAGUAGUUUCUCCUUUAAUGCCUUGACUUAAUAAAGGGCUUCCUGAGAACUGC